AUGUUAUGUAAAGUGGUGGUGAAGUAUGAAGGACCAGUGUCAUCCACUCCCAUGAAAAAACGGCCAGUACUGAUAGAUCUCACUAUAACGAGCAUCGGGUCAAGUGAUUCUGAUAAAGACAAGCAUACCUCAGAAAAGGCCAGCAAGGGCUCGGCAGGUGUGGAAGAAUUGGCCAGGCUUGAGUGCAGCCUUAGUGAAAUGAGCAUUGGUGCAGAGGAACAUCUGGAUGAACAAGCCAUCAAUGACUUGAGGAAUAGCACGAUUGACUGGGCAGUUAACCCUCCACCUGUAAAGGCAUCAGAUACUGAUGAUGAGGAGCAGGACAGCUCUGAUGAAGAGUUGGCUGGAGCUUUACCAAAUGUUCCAAAUUUUGAUGCGCUGCCAGUAAUUGGUUUGGAAGAGACUGUACACGACCUCACUGCAGAUUUUGAGUCUGAACCAUCUACAGAUCCUGACAGCUCCACUGCCUCACCAGCUGAUUCAAAUGUGCCAACUGUACAGAAGGCAGAGGACAUUGUUGGUGCCAAGGCAUCAAUUGUGUAUGAUGACUGCUUGAAGUACCUUGCGGCCUUUGUUACAGCACCAGUGAAACGGUGCACAGCAAUAAAUGUGACCGGUGCAACAUGCCAACACCAUCCACCAUUCCUGGUAAACAUCAAAGGGAAAGGCACUGCAAGCAUGUUAGAAUGGAGCUGUGCUGAUGGACACAUUGUGUGGCGAUGGGUUUCACAGCCCUUGAUGAAGUACGGACUCCAGGCUGGAGACUUUAUGCUGAGCACCAGCAUCCUGCUAUCAGGAAACAACUAUGCUAAAAUUGCACUGCUAUUUAGAUUUAUGAACAUGGGCCUUUUUGGCCAAAACUAUUUUUUCUCCAUCCAAGACGCGUACUGCGUUGACUCCAUCAAAAAGUACUGGAUGGAAAAAAGGGCAGAUGUGAUUGCAAGACUUCAGGACAAAGAUGUUGUUGUCCUUGCUGAUGGCAGAAACGACACUCCGGGUCACUGUGCGCUGUACUGUAGUUACACUACAAUGGAAAACGACACAUUGGAGAUCAUCAGUGUGGUCACAGUAGACAAAAGACAAACCGACAGACGGUCUGCCAUGAUGGAGAAGGAGGCCUUCAUCUUGACUAUAGAUCAACUAGUCACUGAAGUUAAACUGGUCGAAAUCUGCACAGAUGCCCACUCACAGAUUGGUGCCCUGAUGGAUCCGUACAAGGCGGCCCAGGUAAAAGAACUGUCUGUCUUACUCCUUUUGCUGAAAGAUAUCGUAAAUCACUUCUGGUGGUGCUGCAAAACAGCCGACUCCUAUGAAGAGUUCCUGACACUGUGGGCAGGUCUUUUACAUCAUGUCUGCAAUGAGCUUGAGUGGGCUAUGGGCAGCUGUAAACAUGGGCAGCUGGCAGACUCAGAGAAACAAUGGAUUCAAAGAGAUUCUAAAGCACACAAUGCUCUUGUGGAGAUAAUCCUCAAGAAAGGAUGGUUGAAGGAUGUGCACAAAUACCUGCGCUUUAGAUCAACGGCAGACCUCGAAUCCUAUCAAAAUCAUAUAUUAAUGUAUGCCAGCAAGCGCUUUGCCUUCAGUCCACCGGUGUACGAAGCCCGAGUCCUCCUGGCAGCCCUGGACUACAACUACCAUCGGGACCGACCAACUCAGAAGAGGGCAGAUGGUACAGAGAUGUACAGACGAGUGUACAAGAAGAAUGCUAAACAGUACAGUGUCUAUGCGCGCAAGACUCCCAAAAGCUACAGCUACAUUGGGGAACUACAGACGCUGGUGGUGAGAUGUAGGCUGGAGAGUGGCUCUGCAAUGCCCAGGACAAGAACCCUAAGGCCAGAUGACCCACGAAGGCUUGGUUUACUUCCACCUGUACCACCCCCACCAACGGCAGAGCUUGUACAAAGACAAGUCAGGAGAGGACUAGGACCUGAUUUACAGUCGAGUUGACCCCAUUGAAGCCAGAAUUGCAGCAUCCAGUGUACGCAUAGUACAAGCCUCCAGCAGAGAGAAGGAUUGGGACCAAUGGCACACCCGCCAACAUUCACACUGUACAUGAAAAUAUGAGUACAUUUGAAUUUGUAGUUCACCAUCUUACUUUGUCUAGGAUUUAAUUUGAAUUCCUGUAAUGUUUUUUACAGGGUGACUAAUAUUUGUUAUAGUUUUUGCAAGUUUUUUAAAUAAAACAUUUGAACUAACCUA